CCCCCAUUUCCAUCACUACCGGAAUGAAAUCCGUCCUCCAGUGCUGCUUCCCCCCACUGCUCCCCCCUUUCAACUUCAAAUGGGGGGUUCAAGCGUCCUCCGGUUAACGAUUCUCCUUUCAUUCUCGAAAAAUUCAUGUGGAAUUAUUUUAAGAAAACAUAACUGCUAAAUGAAAUCAAUCGGCGCUUCCAAAUAACUAACAAGAUGGUAUUUUUGAAUUUUUCAUCACGAUUCUUGAUAAAUACAUCAAAGUUUCUUGCCAGAAGGACCAAACUUAUUAAUAAAUAUCGUUUCGUGCAUUGGAACCCUCCUUUCUACUCCUCUGCCAGGAAAACAUUUAAAAGUCACGAAGCAAGUAAAAUCCAAAGAACUGUCAGACAUUUUAGUUCAAAUAUUGCAACUCAAGAUGAAAUGAAAGAAUCUAAGUCAAGAUGUAGUUAUGUAUCUACAUUUCAACAACAUAUGCAGAUGCGACAAAGGCAAGCUCGAUGUUCCGUGCUAAUAGAGCUGAGUAAUAAGAAUGAUAUUUUCUCUGCUACUGCUGCUUGUGAGGAAUAUGGAGAUGUAAAAAGUGCUUACUCAUAUAGUGGAGAAUCCCAAAAUGUUUUUCUGUUAAUUGAAUUUGCCAAUGAAGAGAGUGUAAAACAACUUCUUUUGAAUUGUAGCUGUAAAAAUAUUUUGGAUGUUUUCACAACGUUUUCUCGAAUCAUACGAUUUGAUAAAAAGUUUGAGAAAAGUACACCUAAAACAGCCCUUACAGAAGAAGAAAUCAUUUUAGAGUCUGUAAAAUCAAAAAGAAAAACAGUAUCUGAGUUAAUAGAGCACAUAUAUGUGUCUGAAAAACUUUCUGAACUGGAUACUAGGUUAAGAUUCUUCUUUUGUGAAUUUUUGAAAGAUGCUAUCACAGGUCUGUUUCCUUAUUGCGAUGCUUUGCCAUUUGGUUCAUCUGUAAAUGGAUUUGGAAAGCAAGGCUGUGACUUAGAUAUCAUGAUAAGGCUAUAUCCAUCUCAGGUUGUCCAAAAUACUGAAUUUCAUUUCUUAAAUAAAACUUGUAUUGGAAAUGAGAAAGAGCUUCAGAAAAGAACUAUCUAUGCAUUGGGCACACUUUUCAGCACAUUUUUACCUGGUUUUUAUUCUGUACAAAAAAUUUUACAUGCUCGAGUACCUAUUAUAAAAUUCAGCCAUAAAAUUACAGGAAUGGACUGUGAUGUAUCUGUAAAUAAUAUGUCAGCUAUUUUAAUGUCUGAGAUUCUUUAUUUCUGUGGUGAAAUUGAUUCAAGAGUACGGCCACUGCUUUAUGCUGUUAAAAGAUGGGCAAAGGAAGCUAAUGUGACACAUAGUGCACCAGGAGGUUGGAUCACUAAUUUUGGGUUAUCACUUUUAGUAAUAUUUUUUCUUCAAAAUAGGCCUGUUCCUAUUUUGCCAAGUCUUAUUGAUGCUUUACAAAUUGUUGGUGAAGAAACAAUGCCAAACUUUGGAGUAGAAUAUUUGACACCCAUCUCUGACUUGCAAACUAAGGCAUCAUUAAAUACAGAAUCAUUAGCCAUGCUUCUAAAAGAAUUCCUAAAUUUUUUGGGCUCACAUCCAUUUCAAAAUAAACAUUUAUCUGUACUUACUGGUAAAGCUUCUACUCUGGAAGAAAGUUGUUAUCCAAUAUGGUUGCAGUAUCCUGUUGAAGAAGAUAAAAAUGUAACGAAAAAUGUUUCCCAUAGCGAUUGUUACGAGUUGUGUGAAAAAGCUCGGUUAUCUUCUAAGUUCAUAGCUUCUAAUAUGGGUGUAAAAUGUACAGCUCCAUCUGAUUUUCCUCGAAUCCUUGGUAUCUCAACCUUAUUAAAAACAUUUUCAAAAAAAUCUAAUGAAGUAGAUUUAAACAAAUUAUUAUUAAAUGAGAAAAAUCGAAACAGUAACACUAGAAAUCGUCAAAAAAGGACAUAAGUUAUGUUAAUAAAUAGUUUUAAUUUUA